ACAUAAUUACCAUAAAUUUCUAAUAUUUAAUAAUUAAUCAAACUAAUGACGGAACACGUCACCAAAUGAGGAGGUUAAGCCGCCGCCGCUGCCGCUUCUUCUUAGUUUUGCGUUCUUAAAAACUAAACUAAGCAGAGGCACAUCAAAUCAAAGCCUAAUCAGCCUUUGGGAGAUCUCAAGAGUCUAAUCUAACCAACCCCCUCGAUGUUUCCGACGUCCCCUUGACCCCAUCGUAUUCCUCGGCGCGGAUCUCUCUCUGCCUUCGUACAACAAGCCUCGCUAUUUCUUCUGAUUCAAUCGGUAUUCAAUAUAGAGAAGGAGAAUCAAUAGAGAGUCGGGGAAGAAGAGAGAUGCCGACGCUUCUUUCAUCCACGCAUUUGCCUUCUUAUUGCUCCUCUUCGUCAUCAUCAUCGGCUUUUCCGACUUCUUCUUCUUCUUCGUCCAAUGAUCAUCAAAUAGCGUUUUCUUCUAUUUUUCCGAAGCGAUUCGCACACGGCAAGGCCUUUCUGCAAUCAAACAGGAAAUCGUGGUGGAAUGUGGCCUGCAUGCAAGAUGGUGCAGUUGUAGCCUCAGUUGCUGCAAUUGAAAGUGAAGUUCCUUCAGAAAAAUUGAAAGAGGGGUUGUUGUCUGUCAUAUCUCCAGACGAACUGAAGGAUGAUGCUGGUUGCAAUACCAAUAAAAAUAAAUCUACUGUCAGUAUUACAGUGGUUGGAGCCUCAGGGGACCUUGCUAAGAAAAAGAUAUUUCCUGCACUUUUUGCACUUUAUUAUGAGGGUUGCUUACCAGAGCACUUCACCAUCUUUGGUUAUGCCAGGAGUAAGAUGACUGAUGCUGAACUGAGAAACAUGGUUAGCAGGACACUUACUUGCCGGAUUGAUAAGAGGGAGAAUUGUGAAGAGAAGAUGGACCAAUUCCUUAAAAGAUGUUUCUACCACUCUGGCAAAUAUGAUUCUCAGGAAAACUUUGCAGAACUUGACAUGAAACUGAAGAAACAUGAGGUUGGGAGGGUUUCUAAUCGCCUGUUCUAUUUAUCAAUCCCACCAAAUAUAUUUAUUGAUGCUGUAAGAUCUGCAACCCUCUCUGCCUCAUCAGCUAGUGGCUGGACAAGGGUCAUUGUAGAGAAGCCCUUUGGUCGGGAUUCUGAAUCCUCAGCUGCUUUGACGAAAGCUCUCAAGCAUUACUUAGAAGAGGAUCAAAUUUUCAGAAUAGAUCACUAUCUGGGGAAGGAGCUGGUGGAGAAUCUAUCUGUUCUUCGCUUUUCCAAUCUCAUUUUUGAACCCUUAUGGUCCAGGCAGUAUAUAAGGAAUGUCCAAUUGAUAUUCUCUGAAGAUUUUGGCACUGAAGGGCGUGGAGGAUACUUUGACAAUUAUGGGAUAAUAAGAGACAUAAUGCAAAAUCAUCUGCUUCAGAUGUUGGCUCUUUUUGCAAUGGAGCCCCCCGUCAGUUUGGAUGCAGAAGAUAUCAGAAAUGAAAAGGUUAAAGUUCUACGUUCAGUGAGGCCUUUAGAACUUCAUGAUGUGGUCAUAGGGCAGUAUAAGAGCCAUACAAAGAAAGGUGUUAGUUACCCAGGCUACACUGAUGACAAAACCGUCCCUGAAAACAGCUUAACUCCAACUUUUGCUGCGGCCGCCUUUCAUAUCAAUAAUGCAAGAUGGGAUGGAAUUCCAUUUCUAAUGAAAGCUGGGAAAGCUUUACAUAGUAAGAGGACUGAGAUAAGAGUUCAGUUUAGGCAUGUGCCCGGCAAUCUAUUUAACCGAAGUUUUGGGAGAGAUCUUGAUCAAGCAUCAAAUGAGCUUGUCAUCCGUGUGCAGCCAGAUGAAUCUGUGUACUUGAAGAUUAAUAACAAGGUUCCUGGCCUGGGUAUGAGAUUGGACCGCAGUAAUCUAAAUCUUCUCUACGCAACAAGAUACUCGAAGGAGAUUCCAGACGCAUAUGAGAGACUUCUUCUUGAUGCCAUUGAAGGGGAGAGGAGACUGUUCAUCCGGAGUGAUGAACUGGAUGCAGCGUGGACACUCUUCACACCCGUUCUUAAAGAGAUGGAAGAGAAGAAAAUCAUUCCCGAGUACUAUCCUUAUGGGAGCCGGGGUCCGGUCGGGGCUCACUAUCUGGCAGCCAGAUACAACGUUCGAUGGGGUGAUUGUGCAUACCAAUAGCUAGCUAGCUUUGUCACUUGGCAGAAUGAGACUUAGUUCAAUGGGUGAUGAUGGAUGGAUGGACGGAUGGAGGAAUGAAAUGUAGAGGUUACUACAAGAGGAGGAGACAAGAUUCAAAGAGGAAGAUUGCCAGUUUUUGAUUGCUUAUUCAUUUUCUUUGUUAUUUAUCAAUAACUACAAACUACUUUUAUGUGACUGAUUUUUUCAGUGCCCAUUUCUUACUCUAAUUGAGUAAUAGUUCCAUUU